CCCCCAGGCCGCCGCCAUGCAGGGCCCCGCCGCGGCCCCGCGGCUCUCCGGUGUCCGACAAGGAUUGGGAACAAGCCUGGGCAUCCAAAGAGGCAGCAUCGCAAGCGGCGUGUACCCGGGCAGGGCAGCGAGACGCGGGAGCCAAUUCUCCAUUUCCUAUGGCAAAGCUGCGGGCAAAGGGUCUCCCGUGGAGGAGUACGCUGUGCGGGUUUUUGAUGAUGAAGGAAAGGACGUGACACCCCACCCGCUCUUCCAUUCAGAUCCCGAUGCUGCUGUACCCAGAAGGACGUGUGGAAACAGCAGUAUUUCUAAACCAAACGCAUCACCAAUGGAGUCCAUGCUAGAUGAAACUGUAGAACCUGGCUCUCAAGGAGACCCAGCUGUUAGCUUAUCUGAUGCGCAGGUGAGGCCAGAGGAGAUAAAAGAACAGCUGACAGAAGAAGACUUAGAUAGGAGAGUGGAUAUUUAUCUCACGGAGACGGAAACUAUCUGGAUGUUGGAUAUGCCAUCUGUUGUGGCGUCUGUAGAAUCAGAAGAUGCGGGAAGAAUUCUGGAGCGUAAUAAGAUUUAUGUUGACAUUUGCAAAAAUAGACCUGGCAAUGAUCGCUUUGCAGAAAAAAUGAUGCAAACCAUUAACGGAGCUGCAAAGAACAAGGAAGUACAAUGUGACAAAAUCGUCAUGAAAGAUAAAGGGGUGGUGGUCACUUCCUGGGACUUGUAUGAUUCCUUUAAUGUGUCAGAAAUAGAACCUGCAUCAAAAGGAGAAGCCACAAAUGGGAAGAGUAGCAUGUCUCAUACGACUAAAAAGCAUGACCAGACUGCAUCGGUGACUUCUGCCAGAGGCAACAUAACUUCUGUGACUACUUUGGAAAGUGCUGCUCUUGCCAGAACCCAUAAAAAGGAGGAAAACCGUUUAGAAGCUAUAUUGACAUCAGAAAAAUUUCAGCAGGAUUUAUUUUUCAUGGAGAGGGUUCUAAUGGAAAAUAUUUUUCAACCCAAACUCGCAGCUUAUCGACAAUUUCCUGUCCUUAUAGAUCCUUCUGUUACAUCAGACAAUGCCGGUACAGUAGUUGCUGUGAAAGAAGCUAAACAGGAAGAGCAUGACAAGGGAAAGAAGGAUAAGGAAGAGCAGAAGGAAGCACUUAUUGACCCAUCAAUUCCGUCAGAUCUAAAUAAACCCGUGGAAGAAACUGUACCUCCCAGUUUGGAACAACUAUGGUCAUACACGUGUGAUUUAACUCAGGGUCUCAAUGUGAGCAGCAUGGCUUGGAACAAAGUAAACCCAGAUCUUUUGGCUGUUGGUUAUGGAGCGUUUGAUUUUAAAGAACAGAAGAAAGGCUUGGCGUGCUGUUGGUCAUUGAAGAACCCCAUGUGGCCAGAGCGUAUUUUCCAGUGUGAGCAUGGUGUUACUGCAUUGGAUUUUUCUAUGGCAAGCCCGAACCUUUUAGCAGUUGGGACGUACAGUGGUACCAUCACCAUCCAUAAUGUGCAGAGUAGUACCACCACUGCAAUUCUGAAUAGCAGAGAUUCUUCAGAAAGUCAUACAGGUCCUGUAUGGCAACUGAAGUGGUUGGAACAGGACGGCAACACAGCAGAGGAUGACAAGAGAGAGAGAUUAAUCUCUGUCUCAGCAGAUGGCCGACUAACCAAGUGGCUUGUACAGAAGGAACUAGAUUGCACUGACCUGAUGAAAAUAAAGCGAGCAGGAAGUGAGAAGAAAAAUUUACCACGUGAGAAGGAAAGGAAAAGUGUAGUUCUAAUAUCUCGGCAGGCAGCUGGAAUGUGCUUCGACUUCCAUCCAAAGGACACUAAUUUUUAUCUUGCUGGAACAGAAGAGGGUCUUAUUCACAAGUGUUCCUGUUCAUACGAUCAGCAGUUCCUGGAGACAUACAAAGGACAUAAGGGUCCUGUGUACAAAGUCGCCUGGAAUCCGUUCAGCACUGACAUGUUCCUGAGCUGCUCUGCGGACUGGAGCAUUAAGUUAUGGCACCAGAACUCACAGACACCCAUUUUAACUUUCAGUUCCACCACCACUGUUGUGCAUGACAUUAUGUGGUCGCCAAAAUCAGUCUUUAUAUUUGCAGCAGUGAAUGAAAGCAGAGUGGAAAUUUGGGAUCUCAGUGUCAGCAUCCUGGACCCUAUGAUCACUCACUCUGGCAACCCAGAAGUGAAAUUCACAUCUGUCCUCUUUGCUAAGAACACUGACUGCCUGCUAGUAGGAGACAGUCGUGGAGAAGUCAGCGUGUUUGAGCUGCAGAACCUGGCUGCUUCCAGCAGUACUAAGAGAACUUGCCAGAGAACUUGGCCAGAGAACCAGGCAGGGGAGAUGGAUCGGUGCACAACUGAGGAUGUCCCUGGGAGAAGUCACCUCCCUUGUCAUUUGGGAUCACAGAAAAAGGCCCGGAGUCACUCAAGCUGUGCUAACACCUGGGCAACAGGCUGUGGUGGCAGAGCUGUGCGGGAGACGGGCAGAGAGGAAACCCAUUACCUACAAACCAGGCAAUAAACGUUUUGGCAGAACACACACAUUAACGGUA